AUGGCCGCGCCUCCCGCCUUCUCCGCCCGCCGGCUCCCUAUACUGCAGUCCGUACUUCUGCUGUUCGCCUGGGCACUCCGCGCUAAGGACAGUAGUGAGGCAGCAGAAGAAGCUGGUACCUGGAAUGAAGAGGUCACCAAAUGGUGGGGAGAAUGGAGCUCCUGGUCUACAUGUUCCCGCACCUGUGGAGGAGGAGUAAUGUCAAGAGAGAGGCACUGCUUAUGGCAGCGGCUACACGUAUCUCAAGGGACGAAUAGUAGCAUGUGCCUGGGUCAGUCGAAGCGCUAUCAGUUAUGCCAACAGCAGCUUUGCCCUGCCAACACAGCCAGUUUCAAGCAACAUCAGUGUGCCAGUUUCAAUGCCAAGGCCUUUGGAAAACACUAUUAUCAUUGGAUGCCACUCUAUCCAGAUGAUUACACCAGCAUUUCUAACAAGCCCUGUGAUCUCCAAUGCACUUCAAGGAAUGGGGAGAGACAACUCAUGACACAAGCCCAGGAUGGCACAUCGUGCAAGGAUAGGGCUUACCAAGGAGUCUGUAUCAGUGGGAAGUGUGAGCCAAUAGGGUGUGAUGGCAGCCUCUACUCUUCCCAGGUGAUGGAUCGAUGCCGGGUAUGUGGAGGUGAUGGAAGCACUUGCUACCGAGUCUCAGGCAGUUUCCGAAAGGGGAUCUCACAGUUAGGAUAUGUGUUUAUCACCAACAUUCCUGCUGGUGCUACAGAUAUACUCAUUAUUGAACGAAGGAAGACAGAGAAUAUACUGGCUCUGGCUGAUGAUUUGGGUCAUUUCUUCUUCAAUGGAAAUUCUGCUAUUGACAAUCCACAGAAUUUUAGAGUGGCUGGCACCGUCUUCAAAUACCGCCGUCCUUCCAAUCUACAUUCUGAUGGUCUGGAAUACAUUAUUGCACAAGGGCCCACUAAUCAGUCUCUCAACGUCAUGUACUACAAUUUCAAUGGAAAAAUGCCACAUGUAACAUAUGACUACACUGUGCCUAGAGCAUUGUCACCAGUUGUUCAGACAGUUCCGCCAUCCAUCAAGAUGCCUCUCUAUCUUCACUUACCAGAACCUAGCCAAAAUUACCAAGAUGCAGUUUCAUCCAUUUCCCAAGAUUUCAAUGCUUCUUGGGUUUCUGUCACAGAGAUGACAGAUGAGACAGAAGAAGAACCUGGGGGCAUGUCUUUCAAUAGCCAGAACUUCUUCCCAAAUAACUCCACUCCCCAAGGCAAAGAAUGGGGCUGGAAACAUGGGGCACAGGAGGAAAAUCUCAGCUUUCAAUUCCAACAACUUUAUCAUACACAUGAAACAAGUGAAGAUCUGACAGCUGACAAAGAAGCAGAUCUGGCCCUCAGACUCAAUAAUAUUAUGAUCAGCACAGCCACGCCACAUGGCGCAGCAAGAUUUGAACUCCAUGAAGCCAAUAAGAUUGGUCCAUCCAGACAGCAUCUCUUCAGAUCAUUGUGUCUCCAGGAUCCACAAAAUGCCGCUUUUUGUAGGGCAUUGCAUUACAUGACAGUCAAGGUUGGGAGAAAUAAUUCAACAGUCGGGUUGUGGGGUCAUGCAACUAUCAAAUGGCCGGAAGGACUGCCCAAGCAACCUACAAAAAACUUUCCAGACAAAGUGAAUGUCGACCCUUUUGUAAUGAAUGAAGCAACAAAUGAUACUCUCAUGGCAAUUUCUUCCAACCCUAGCUCCAGCUCCAGGCUUCCAAUCAGCUUUGGGAACCAGCAGCUGUCAGAGCCUCUUCAAGGUCCAGGUGCUGAAAGCAAUGACUUUGAACUGAGUCCCCUUGGCCGUGAGGACAUCAGCUUGGCUGACAUGUAUCGCUGGAAGAUAUCAGCCUAUGCUCCUUGCAGCUCCACAUGCACAUCAGGUGAAAUAACAUCCUUCCAAACGAAAAGAAUGAGCCCACUAUGGAUGGGUCAUGCGGAGGCUUUUGCCUUUUUAACGCAGAUGGAAAACGGUGUCUUGCUUUCUCCGUUGCAGUGCAAUGCGACCUGUGGACGAGGUGUCAAGAUGCGGACAGUGCUGUGUGUGGGAUUAGAAAAUGGCCUGUACAAGGAGUAUCCUGAGAGGCACUGCGAGGCUUUUCGAAAGCCAGAAACACAAGCCCCGUGUUUCCAGAGACCCUGUUCCACGUGGUUUUCAACCUCAUGGUCUCAGUGCAGCAAGACCUGUGGUACUGGCCUGCGUUUCCGUGAAGUGAAGUGCUACCAAGGAGAAACCUUAGGCCAAGGCUGUGAGUCAACAUCCAAACCUGAAGCCAGGCAAGCUUGCCAACUGCAGCCGUGUCCCACUGAUGCUCCAGAUGAAGACUGUGAUGACAAAGCAACAGCUAACUGUGUGUUGGUCCUGAAAGUAAAGCUCUGUUCACACUGGUAUUAUAGAAAGGCUUGCUGCAGGUCUUGUACGGGCAAAACACUGUGAUUCGGCCCUUGCUUCUUCCACUUCAGAAUGAAAAGCAUCAAGAGAGAAACUUGAGGGAGGCCUGCCUUCUUGACCAGGAAGUGCCUGAUGCUGAUGGACAGUCCAGAACAUCGGUCCACUUAUUAGAAUGUUGCUGUAAAAAUGACUCCGAUCACAGCCCUUUUCACGAGGAGGCCUGCUCCUAUAUAUUGCGCAGGUGAUCUAAUAAUCAGGCUCCAUGGUGCUAUUCACAGGCAUUUUGUCAUGCUAAGUAAUAAUAUUAAAACCUCUGCUUCUCACUUCCUUGAAUUCCUGGGACUUGGAUGCAUCCCUGAUUGAGUCUGACUUUCAGUGGCAUCCUCUGAGACCAUUUGGAAGCUACACACCGUUUGGGAUGGGCAAG